AUAAUUAUUCAUAUAGUUUAUGUGUCGAACUCUGAUCUACAUAAGUACAUACAUAAUCUACAUUAUCAACAAUUUAUUUUGAAACUACGUAUAUGUUAGUUCUAGUCAAUAUUUUAUCAUAAAUUUAUUUAUAUUAUUACAAUUAUUUUUAUAUAAAUUUGAAAUAUAUAUUACUUCAACUUAUUUACAGUACAUUGUUCUACUAACGUUUCAACAAUGAAGGAUCAAUAUGAUAAAUUAUCAUGGAAAGAAGUACGAGAUUUGUUUAGAACAUGGAGAGAAGAUAGUGAAAGACGAAGUAAAGAUGUAGUUGACUUAUGGGAGGCUAAAUUAAUGGGAAAAAUUGAUCAUCUUGGCAAUGAAAAAUAUCUGGUUUUGGAACAAGUCUGUAUAGCAGCAUUGGAUUGUGAUCGUCAUUCUUUAGCGGAAUAUUGCAUUAAAAUAUUAAAGAGAGAAUUUCCUAGCAGUUUAAGAGUUCAUAAAUAUCAUGCUAUGCAUCUCGAAGCUUUGGAAAUGUACGAUGAAGCAUUAGAAGUUUUGGAUUCUAUUAUAAAAAGAGAUGAAACAAAUGCUGCACCAAGAAAAAGACGUAUAGCUAUCUUAAAAGCAAAAGGUCGAAUACCAGAAGCUAUUAAAGAGCUUACAGAAUACUUAAAAAAAUUUAUGAGUGAUCAAGAAGCAUGGCAUGAAUUGUGCGAUUUAUAUUUACAAGAACAAGAAUAUUCUAAAGCUGCAUUCUGUAUGGAAGAACUCAUAUUGCAUAAUCCACAUAGUCAUUUAAUUUAUCAAAGAUAUGCAGAAAUAAAAUAUUCUCAGGGUGGAUUUGAAAAUAUGGAAUUAGCAAAAGCAUAUUUUUGUCAAGCUGCAAGAUUAAAUCCAAAUAAUAUUAGAGCUUUAUAUGGUUUAUUGUUGGCAUCAAAUAAUAUUGCUACAUCACCCAAAUGUCCUUCUUCUAAAAAAAAAGAUGCAAUAAAAUUAAGUGAAUGGGCAGCUAAUCAAAUUGAAAAGCAAUAUCAAUCAAAAGUUACAGAUGAAAAUAUUAAAACAUUAGAAGGAUUAUUAGGACAACUACAACUUGAAAUUUAGGUAUAUAAAUUUAUAUAUAUGUACAUGUUUAUAACUAUUGUAACAUAUGUAAAUGUAUAUGUAACUCCUUAUACUUCAAUUUACACACGCGCGCGCGCACAUACACACACAUACACACAUUUAUUGCUCGAUAUAAAUUUUCUUUGAUAAGUGAAUCCUUUAGUGAAUCAAGUAAAUUGGAUAUUAAGAUGUUAUUAUGCAAAAUAAUGAAAUACUAGUUAAGAAAAUAAUUUUUAAAGAUUUUUAUCAUAAAUUAAUGAAAAAAAUUUAUUACUUUUCCUAAUAUAUUUUCACUUAAAGAUAUUAAAAAUCUCUAUUAAAAAGAUAUUGAAUCGUAUUAUUAGCAUUUUUAAGUCUUUUGUCAUCAAAUCUGUAAUAAAUUCCUGAAUGUCAUA